CACCAAAUCAAGACAAAGGGAAAGGCACAAUAAGAAGCCCAUGAACGACAGUUUGGUCUUUGUACUGUGAAGAAGAGAGAGAGAGAGAGAGCUAGCGCUAGGAACAAUAAUGGUGGUGAAGGUGUAUGGUCCACUCUAUGCUUCCCCAAAGCGUGUGAUCGUUUGUCUAAUUGAGAAAGGGAUUGAAUUUGAGACUGUUCCCAUUGAUAUCAUCAAAGGGGAACACAACCUUCCUGAAUUUCUCCAACUACAGCCCUUUGGAGCUCUUCCUGUCAUUCAAGAUGGAGACUACACUUUAUUUG